GCACAAAGCGCGGCAGACAACGGGGGUGAAUGGCAGCAUGGCGUGGUGAUGGUAGCGCAGCGAGCUAGCUAGCAUGCUAACGGCUAACAACAAUGAACCAUAUUUGGCGCUCUAGCGGGCAAUAGUUUGAAUUUAAAGGGAGGGCCUCUUUAACGCGACAUUCGCCUUUUAACAAACACUGGAAACUUGAGCGGGUCUCACUCGUCCAGGGGAUUUCACGUCUGCAUCGAGCUCCCAGGAAGACUAUGUUUGGCUUUCACAAGUCAAAGAUCUACCGGAGUAACGACGGCUGUUGCAUCUGCAAGACCAAGUCCUCCAGUUCGCGGUUUACAGACAGCAGUCGAUAUGAAGAAACGUUCAGGCUCUGUUUUGGGCUCUCAGAGGACCGUGUUGGAGACAUCUGCAAUGCCUGUGUGUUGUUGGUGAAGAGGUGGAAGAAACUUCCCAAUGGCUCCAAGAGGAAUUGGAACCAUGUGGUGGAUGCCAGAGCUGGACCAGGGUUCAAAGUGACAAAACCCAAGAAGAUCAAGAACGGUGAUGGGAAGAAGAAAAGCAAGCUGAAGAGGCUUCACAAGUUAAAAAGGCAAACAGACUCUGACGCUCACAGCACCACCUCCAGUGUGUCUCCUGCCCAGUCGCCCAGUUAUAGCAACCAGUCAGAUGACGGCUCAGACAUCGAGUCCAAACAGAGGCGCUCCUCUCCUUCCAUCUUCUCUUUCUUGGACCGUUCUUACUGGAAAAGGCAAAAGGUGUGCUGUGGGAUCGUCUACAAAGGCCGUUUUGGAGAGGUGAUUAUUGAUCCUCGUCUUUUUAAGCCCUGCUGCAGUUCAAAAAAAAAGAAGACUCUGGUGUCCACACAAGUUCCUUCACACCUUCCAGAAACACAUCCGCCACAACUCCCAAAGGAAAUGAAAGAAACUUGGUGAUGGCUCUUGUUUAAUCGUCCAUAGCACUCACCUGGAUUUGUCUCCAGUGGCAGACUUCCCUUCUCCUUUCUUAGAUUUUUUUUUUUGAUGUAUUUUUACAUGUACAAUUACGGUUUCAUAUGGUUUAUUUUAACUUUUGUAUAGUGUUUUUUUAUUUGUAUUUUUUAAAUAGAAGACGCAAAAACAAACAAAUCUUGAGGGCAUUAGUUUUAUUUAUAGGUUGAGGAGAAACAUUAUUUUGGUUACCUAAAUGAUCCAUGUUUUCUAAAUAUAUUGUCACUUUGAUACAUAUCAAUAAUGUUGUAUUUGCAUUUGAGAAGAAAAACACACACCAGCUUUUUUCUAGUACAGUACCAGCUUUUUUUCUGUGUUGGAGUUGAUCCUCCACAUGUUGCUGCAAACUGUUAUAUUGUUCUGGUUCACAUGUGACUUGUUAGGGGUUUUAGGACACAAGGGACAGUUGGCAUCAGCAGGGAUCAUUAGGCCAACUCCCCUAAAUGAAUUAACUAGAUUUUAUCAUAUUUUUGUAGAGAAAAUGAUUGUGAUGUUUGGACAGAUGAAUCACGACAUCACAACUUUGAAACACUCCAUUUGAAUUUAGAGCACAUUGAGCUGAAUAGAUGUGAAUAGAAGAUGCAUGCAGUAUGUUUCUCUGCCUUUUGGAAGGAACAUCAAUUAUUUCUUUUGUACAGUCACCAAUGAAAUUAUGUGUAAUGCUGGAACCCCCCCCCCCCCCCCCCCCCACACACACACACACACACGCACGCACGCACACACACAAAUUUUGUGAAAACCGUUUGGGCCCAUUCAAUGUUUUCCGUUUACAGCCACGGGAAACCACUACUUGUGUACAGAGAGGGCUUUAUUUAACUUAAACCCAGUUUUCCCUUCAUUUGAGUUUUUUUUUCUCCAAAAAUGGCUGAAGUACAUUCCAAGCUAAUCAGUAUUUGAAUUUGAAAGAAACAUUAAUACAAAGUUGGGGGAAAUGUCUAAGUGUAAGAUUCUUAAUGUUCCAAAUGUCAUGCGUAGUUGAAGACGUGGUGAUAACUUUUUACUGAAUGUUUUCGUCUCUGAUCUGCUUUCAGCUUCAAUUGUCAAAAGUUCAAACUAUGCAGACGUUUUGAAUGUGUGUCUUUCUGUUGCUGUUGGCAGCGUUAAAUGAUGGAUUCUGAUUCAACCAAACUGACUUGUAUAAAGCACCCGUUACCAUUCGUUAUUGUCCCAAAUAUGUCUCAUGUUUGCCAUUUUAAUGAUGCUCAGGUUGCACCAUGUUACCCAAUAAUGCGUGCAUGCUGUCUCAACUCUAAACCAUCUCAGACUGUAUGAAUUUGACAGUUCAUGUUCAGGAAUUAAGCUUGGCAUGACAGGGUCGUUUUAAACCCAAUCCGGUUCUCAUUAAAAGGAGAAUUGUUGCCUCCUUUUAAACUGCUUAUUUUUUGACAUAUUUUUCAAGGUUCAUUUUUGAAAAUGAAAUGUGCCUUAAUGAAUUACCUGACAUUGUCUUAAUGAUUCUCAUGUAAUUUAUAUUUAUUUAUUACAUUCUUUUUUUUUUUUUACCUGAGGUAGCUGGUGUUGAGCCUUUUCCGAAUGUUUUUGCGCACUUCCUUUGAACUCACAAGUUUGUUUUUAUGAUGGUUUUUGUAUACUGUACCACCAAGUAGAGCUGUACUUGUAUAAGCUAAAAUAAAACUUUGCCAUUGACGUGUGU